ACGAAAGGAAAGACAAGGAGGACGGCUAGAGAGGCCGGAUAUCGUUUCCGCCGCAGGAAGCAACGGAUGCGGAAGUGAGCGGUUCCUGGAGCUUGGGACAUGGAGUCCGGGCAGCACCCGGUGUGGCGCGGCCUCGGGCUGCUCGGCAGGUCCGGCGACAGCCCCGGUUUGGGCCCUGGAGGCUGCGAGAGGAGGUUGCUAUGGGCCGCGUCCUUGCUCUGCGUCUUGCUGGACCUACAGUUGCCAGGUUUGCUGGCGACCGGGCAAGCUGAGAUCGAAAACCACCUGGAAAUGGGGCGGAAGCUGUUGGCAGCUGGGCAGCUGGCUGAGGCCCUCUCUCACUACCACUCUGCCGUGGAAAUUGAUCCCCAAAACUACCUAACCUAUUACAAGCGAGCGACCAUCUACUUGGCCAUGGGCAAGUUCAAAUCAGCACUCCCAGACCUUUCAAAAGCUAUUGAGCUCAAGUCGGAUUUCCUAGCGGCAAGACUACAGAGGGGCAACAUCCUCUUGAAGCAAGGCAGCACGCAAGAGGCCAAGCAGGACUUUGAAGCUGUGCUGAAGAGCAACCCGGAGAACACGGAGGCCCGAAGCCAGCUUGCCCGGGUCACGGAGCUAGAACUGUCCAUGCAAGAAGCUCAGACUGCCUUUCAGUGGAAGAACUACCAAGGAGCAAUUUAUAUUCUAAAUCGAGCAAUUGAGAUUUCCCCGUGGAAUCCAGAAGCGAAAGAGCUGCGCUCCGAGUGCUACCUUCACCUUGGCGAUUACAACAAAGCCAUCAUGGACCUCAAACCCACGGCUAAGCUGCGUAACGACAACAGGGCUGCUUUCCUUAAGCUGAGCAAGCUCUAUUAUAACUUGGGAGACCACGAGGAGUCCUUAAACCAAGUGCGUGAGUGUCUGAAGCUGGACCAGGAUGACAAGGACUGUUUCUCCCACUACAAGCAAGUGAAGAAGCUCACCAAGCAGCUGGAGUCGGCUGAGGAGCACGUCAAAGCUCAGAGGUAUGAAGAGGCCAUUGAGAAGUAUAAAGCAGCCAUGAAAACAGAGCCCAACGUAGAGAUCUACACCACUAAGGCCAAAGGGCGCAUCUGCCAUUGUCUAUCCAAGAACAAGCAGCCUCUUGAAGCCAUCGACAUCUGUACAGAAGCCCACCGGCUGGACCCCAGGAAUGUCUUCAUCCUGCGCGACAGGGCCGAAGCCUUCAUCCUGAAUGAGGAGUUUGAGAAAGCUGUUGAGGAUUACCAAGAAGCCAGAGAGUUUGACGGUGAAAAUGAGGAAAUAAAAGAAGGUCUCGAGAGGGCACAGAAACUGCUGAAGCAGUUCAAGAAGAGAGACUAUUACAAAAUCCUCGGAAUCCGGAGGAGCGCAAACAAGCAGGAAAUCAUCAAAGCAUACCGGAAGCUGGCUCAGCAGUGGCACCCCGACAAUUUUCAGUCUGAAGACGAGAAGAAAGAGGCAGAGAAGAAAUUCAUUGACAUUGCGGCUGCAAAAGAAGUCUUAACAGAUCCGGAAAUGCGACAGAAAUUUGACUCUGGCGAAGACCCGCUGGACCCCGAGAAUCAGCAGAGUGGGUCCGGACACCAGCACCAGUGGCCCUUUGAAUUCAACCCCUUCGGCUCUGGGAACUUCCAUUUCAAAUUUCAUUUCAAUUAACUUUGGCAAAACCCUGGAACAAGGAACAGAGGCUCACAAAACAGAGGCAUGGACCUCUGGGUCCCCAAGGCAGAGACUUUUAGCAGCCUCGCUGGUCUGCAUCUGAAAAGGACCUCUCUACAACAGUGUGGCCAGGGUGGGGUGGGGUGGUGGACUUCCCUGCUGUUUCAGACGUCAGGUUCCAUUUGGCUCGUUGCAAGCAGAAGCCAAGAUGUCAAGGACGAUGGAGAAUCUUUGCUUCCAGCAGCAGCUCCCAAGACCAGAUCGCUUCGAGAGAGGAUAUGGAAUGCCUGCGGGGCCGGACACCUCUCCAAUAUCCCGCCUUUCGCCACCAACCCCUGCAAACGUUAGGUUAAAUUUAAUGCAUUUUGUGCAGUCUCGCUCAACAAGGCUGAGGUUUCGCCUCUUUUGCAGGUCAUCGUGAGAUAACGGAUGGCCGGAAAUCUGCUCUUCCCACAGCCAAAGUAGCUUAUAUACAGUCCCAGAACAGCAAAGAUUUUUUUUCUUUUUAAGUAUGCUGUUUCCCCCCACAUUUUCCAGUUCCGUUGGCUGAAAAAAAAAACUUCUUAGCAGAAAGCAUGGGCUUUCUGUAAUGCCGUUCAUGGGGCGAUCACUGUGGCUGAUUUAUUGAAACAUUUUGUCUCCACUUUCUGCUGAAGGGACAUGAGCCAGUUAUUAAACUUGAAUUCCCUUUAUUGGACCCCCUCCAUGGCUGAGGAGAGAGGAAAUCUGUAGGUUCUGAGUUUGGUUUUUCACAUCUCUUUUACAAUAAGAUGGAUUCUGGCCUUAAACUUGAAUUAUUCGUUCCUUCAAACCUCAAAGCACUUUGGAGGGAAAGAAGCUUGUUUCCGCAGCCCUCUGAAAUCCCCUUCUACUCUAGAGUAGAGGCAUACAGACUGUAUUCUAGUCUGUAUGCCUGUAUUCAUACACACAGCCUCCACUGUGCAGAAUUCUGUGAGUUGUGGGAUUGAAACCACAACUCCGUACUUAUCUACUCCAGAGUUUUGCGACUGUGUAGCUGGAAGGCUGACAUUCUGCAGCAGAGCAUGAAAGCGUCCCCUCCCUUCCCUGCAGUUUGACAAAAUGAAUUUAUUUUUCUCUUGUGCCCUUCCUGCCACCUCCCCGCAACACAGUGGGUUGAUCUGCUCCAGUCAUCAUCCUGUGGCUGAGCGGACGGACCUUUAAGGAAGGGGGUAUUGAACUGUUACCACAAGUAUCGAGAUUAAACAUUUCUAUUGCAAAACAA